AUGCGUGUUUCUUGCCUGCUCCUCUCAGCCGGGCUCUUCGGUAGCGCUCUGGCCAGCGCAGAGCGCGCCAUCGACGAGCGCUCGCCGGAGCUUCAGAGGCGUCAGACCACAGCGACGCCGGCCCCAGCCGUGGCUGCGAACUACACCAUCGACAGCCUGUGGACGACGCUGUGGAACCAGACGCAGUUCUUCGCGUUCUCAAAUCCCAGCAUCGGCUUCUAUCCGAUCGACGCCAACCACUCGGCGCUCAGCAGCACGGCGAACUCGACAAAGAACACGCCGCUGCAGGUCGGCGUGCAGGUGCUUGAUCACCGCGAGUUUCAGCUGAUGUCUGGCACGGGCGGUGGCAUCACCGAUGCCGCAUCGAUCGUCAUGGCCGACGUCAAGGCCAACGCCUCGGACACCUACUGGGAGAUGAUCAACCUCGCUUUCAACCCAAGCGCCGAGUGGAAGGCCAAGGGCGGCGCCGGCUUCAACAGUGUUCGCGUGCCUCUAGGCGCAUGCGAUUUCGGCUUCCAGCCAUACACCUACGACGACACGUUCGACGGCUCGACGGACCUCAACCUCACGCUCUUCAACGUAGACCGUGCGCCCAAGAUCUGGCAGCUGUUGCAGGAUAUCAUCAGCGUACAGCCGGAGCUCAAGACGUACUACGCUGCGUGGAGCCCGCCGGCCUGGAUGAAGGGCCGCAAGGAUGGCAACACAUUUGGUGGCGAGAUCCAGCCGCAGUUCGAGGACGUCUACACGACCUACCUCGUGCGGUCAAUGCAGGACAUCAGCAAGAAGGGCAUCCCGAUCACGCGUCUGUCACUCGGCAAUGAGCCCUUCUACGAGCCGAACAAUUACCCCGGAACCGGCAUCAGCAAUGAGCAGCAGGCGCGCAUGGGCGCCGCGCUCCGCUCCAAGCUGGACGCCGCCGGCCUGCAGGACACUCGGAUCCUGGUGCUCGACCACAACUGGGACCUGUACAAGAACCCCAUCGAGGUCUUCGAUCUCGACAACGAGUCCUUCGAUGGCGUUGCCUGGCACUGCUACGGCGGAGAGCCCGGCAAUCAGGAGUUCUUCAAUGAUGCAUACCCUGGCCGUGAGGUCGUGAUGGACGAGUGCACCCGCGUUACCCAGUUCGGCGCAGAGCCGUGGGAGAACCUGCGGCAGAACGUCAAGGAUCUCGCCAUCCUCUCGACGCAGUACGGUUCCUCAGCCAUCCUCGUCUGGAACGCAAUUCUCAAGUCGGAUUCGGACGGCUUCACCACGCCUCAUCUGGACCGCGUCUGCACCAACUGCUUGGCGCCGUUCCUCGUCUACGACAACGUGACGGAGACGCAGACGCUCGACAGCCAGAACGAGGAGAGCAAGCCGCCGAGCAAGAAGCACAAGCGUGCCGUGCCUCUUGGCUCGCGCAUGCCGGUCGACGAGGCCAAGCAGGAGCUUCUGCCGCGUCAAGACACGACGACACCGGCGUCGACAGAGAUCUAUGCGCCGUACUACAAGCGCACGAGCGACUUCGCCACGCUGGGCCAUCUCGGCGCUGCCAUACAGCCCUCGGGAUCCUCUGAGGACUGGGGCCGGCGCAUCGGCGUGAACACGACGGAGGACUCGCUGCUGGGCAACGCGCGCCUGCUCGUCCAGGCGUUCCGCCGCGACAAUCACGAUGCUGCGGGCAACUCGCUCUUCUCCCUCGUCAUCCUGCAGCGCAACGACCACUUCCUCACGGGCAACUACGAGGACAUGGAGGUGCACAUCAACUUCCGCAACACCGUCGCCGUGCUCAAGGGCCUCGGCGUCGGCGCCUACACGCUCUCCUGGGUCGCGCCCAAGCACAACUGA